AUGCCCUCAACCACUUCCUUGCCCAUGCCUGGAUCGCAAGGCGGAAAUGAUAUGGAAAACAUCAGCGGCUGGGAUCAACCACAACGACGACUAUCCAUGCUGGAUCCAUUCAGCUCCAUCAAUGCAUCGGCCUGGUUCAUGUGCUACAGGAGCUACUUUGGCAACACCACCAGUGGUAUUUAUCAGCUGGAAGUCCCGGCGGACACGGCCUUGGACAGGUACACUCACUUUGUGAUAUACACCUCAUCUUCAUUGGUGGAGCAAACAACACCAGUCUCACAUGCAAUUUAUGACUAUGCUGCGAGUGUGACCAACAUCACGUACCAGGGCAAGGAUUUGGAUUUCCACGAAUUGGGUGGACAGAUUGCCUGGGCUGAGCCUUCCUUGAUGGAAAGAGUUGAAGGCUAUCGAGUUUACCUCUCCGUUGGCUUCGAUGGAUUUGGCCGAUCUCAGGUUGGAACUGACGUUCCGGCCGGAAGCAACGAUGUCAGCCUGUCACCUGAGCAACCACGUGGGUCCUACGACUACAUCACAGAUGAAGUCUCCUAUGCCCGCAACGUGAGCUUCAUUGAUGAUGAUCUUGAUGAAGGAGAACUAGGUGGGUAUCUCAUUUGGCGAGUGCCCGAGGACAGCAGUGAGGUGACACACUACCUCAUCUACCUGGCAGACGACGAGGACGGAGCCAACCGCAGUCUCUUGGGCAAUGUCUCUGUUGGCACCCAUGAGUUCCUGAUUCCCGCCGAUACCGCUUUGUCCAGCUACAGGUACCUGACCGUCUUUGCCCGGUCCUCUUUGGCUGAGCAAACGACCCCGAGAUCGGUGGAGAUCAUAGACACCAUAUCCAGCGUUUCAAACAUCAGGUUCAUUGACAAGGACUUGGAUUGGGAUGAAAUUGGUGGAUAUGUGACCUGGUCUCAUCCUGUGAGCCAUAGCAGAGUGGAAUACUAUGAGCUCUACCUUGCAACCGAUGACAUCGGCACGAACCGCGUGCACUGGCCCAGCGGCAGCAUUGGGGCGAACAUCUCAGAGGUGCUGUGGCCUCCGGAAACUGCCAAGGAGUCCUUCAGCCACUUUGUCGUUUACACCAAGUCCUGGUUGGCCGAGCAAACCACUCCAGUUGCUUUGCUCUUUGAGGACAAGGUCUCGCUCGUCACAGACAUCCAAUUCCCAGACAUGGAUCUUGAUUUGGAGGACUUGGGAGGAACUUUGACCUGGGUUGCACCAAAUGACACCACCCAGGUGGAAAACUAUGUGGUGUAUUUGGCCCAGGCCAAUACCUCAAGUGGUUGUUCCAACACGAGCUACCAAUGGGAGAGCGAAAGUGACCUCUUCAUGACAUCGGACUGGUGCCUCUUAUCUUAUCUGGGCAACACAACAGUUGGGGUGCACAGCCUUUUUGUGGAGCCAGACACCGGUGUUCACCCCUUUACCCACGUGGCGAUCUACACCUUGAGCUCCCUGGUGGAGCAAAGCACCCCGAUGGCCUUAAAAAUCUUUGAUGAAAAUGCAAGCGUCUCAGAUAUCAGGUUUAUCGACGAGGAUUUAGAUCCGGUCGACCUGGGUGGCUUCAUCGCAUGGACUCCGCCCGUGUCCCUGCAGCGAGUCACUUUCUACCACGUGGACCUGGCCACGGAGACCUUGGCUCCAACUUCGGCAGAGAGGUCACAGAUAGGCUUUGUGCCGGUGGGCACCAACGAGAUCUUAGCACCUGCAGAGACAGAGCCCUUGCACUUCACCCGUUUUGUGGUCUACACACAGUCCAGCCUUGUUGAGCAAACCACGCCAGUGGGUCUACACUUUGUGGACAAAUCUUCGCCCACUCAGAACUUGUCCUUCUUCGAUUACGACCUUGAUGAGGGCGAUCUCUAUGGUGACCUUCUAUGGGAAGCACCUGAUGAUGAUUAUUUUGUGUUGCAAUAUCACAUCUACAUGGCGGAGAACAGUACAGGCAGAGGAAGAUCCUCCCUCGGUGUUGUUCCAAAAGGUGUGCACAAUAUCAGCGUCUUGGCUGAAACGCCUCUUUUGAACUACACACACUUCCUCAUUUACACUGCGUCCGCUUUGGCUGAGCAGACUACACCAGUGGCAUUGCUGAUCUUCGAUGCUGUUGCGAGCGUAUCCGACCUCCAAUUCGAAGACAGAGAUUUGGACCCCUUGGAGAUUGGUGGCAACAUCUCUUGGUCUGCGCCACUGGUGGACGAACGCGUGAAGCUCUACCGGGUCUAUGUGGCCAAUUCACCAUCAGGAGUGGGAGUAUGA